CUAACGCUUUACAAAUCCUCACUCUUGAAUCCCAUUUUCAUCCUGACCAAUGGCAAACGAGAUAUAUGGCAGAUCAAAGUUGGGCUUAAAAUCAAACUCCUUUGCAGACCCAUGAAAUUCAACUUCAUCUUUUGCUUUUCCCGGUUGCGUUAGCUUUUUGAUUUUUGUUGCAACUUGCAGGGAAUCAAAUUAAAGAACAUUAUUUGUCUUAUCCAAAACCAUAAUUUUCCACCAAAACAUUCUUACUCACGAUCUGAACUCCGUCAUUUUAGGAGAGAUAAUCAUUGAUCUACCAUACUGCAGUGUUCAGUGAGCUCUUACUCGCCACUGGCCAGUGGCCACUCUCCAAACCACUAUAAUGAGAUCCCAGACACUUUCCUACUUUAUCUUUACUCUACUUGUCUUCCGAGUUGCCUCAACUCAGCCUCCAUUCUCAUGUGAUCCUUCAAACCCAUCAACAAGCUCCUAUCUUUUUUGUAAAACCACAAUACCCAUCAGCCAAAGAGUCAGGGACCUUGUCUGCAGGCUCACAUUAGAUGAGAAGAUUUCCCAACUCGUCAGCUCAGCUCCACCGAUUCCACGACUGGGUAUCCCGGCGUAUGAGUGGUGGUCCGAGGCAUUACAUGGGGUUGCCAAUGUGGGACGUGGCAUUCAUUUUGAAGGCACUAUCCGUUCCGCCACUAGCUUCCCUCAAGUCAUCCUCACUGCCGCUUCUUUUGACGCCUACCAAUGGUACCGAAUAGGUCAGGUGAUUGGAAGAGAAGCAAGAGCAGUGUACAAUGCAGGGCAAGCCACAGGGAUGACAUUUUGGGCACCAAACAUUAACAUAUUUAGGGACCCGAGAUGGGGGAGAGGGCAAGAGACGCCCGGGGAGGAUCCCCUGGUGACAGGGAAAUAUGCAGUUUCUUAUGUGAGAGGAGUUCAGGGGGAUUCUUUUCAAGGAGGGAAGCUUAAAGGACAUCUUCAAGCUUCAGCUUGUUGUAAGCACUUUACUGCUUAUGAUCUAGACAAUUGGAAGGGUGUGAAUCGCUUUGUGUUUGAUGCUCGUGUUACUAUUCAAGAUUUAGCAGAUACCUAUCAGCCACCAUUUCAGAGUUGUGUGCAACAAGGGAAAGCCAGUGGCAUCAUGUGCGCUUACAAUAGAGUGAAUGGAGUCCCAAGCUGUGCAGAUUUCAAUCUCCUCUCCAAAACUGCCAGAGGGCAAUGGGAUUUUCAUGGGUACAUCACAUCGGACUGUGAUGCAGUCUCCAUCAUCUACAAUGAUCAAGGAUAUGCUAAAUCACCAGAAGAUGCUGUAGUUGAUGUGCUUAAAGCUGGCAUGGAUCUCAACUGUGGGUCAUUCUUGCAAAAACACACUAAAGCGGCUGUGGAGCAGAAAAAGCUGCCUGAAUCUGCAAUAGACAGAGCUCUUCACAACCUUUUUUCUAUAAGAAUGAGAUUAGGACUUUUCAAUGGAAAUCCAACGGAACAGCCUUUCAGCAAUAUUGGUCCUGACCAGGUGUGCUCCCAGGAGCACCAGAUGCUAGCCCUUGAAGCAGCUCGCAAUGGCAUUGUCCUCCUAAAGAACUCUGCAAAACUCCUCCCACUUUCAAAAUCUACGACCACCUCAUUAGCUGUAAUUGGCCCUAAUGCCAAUUCUGCACAAACACUUCUUGGAAACUAUGCAGGCCCUCCGUGCAAGUCUGUAACACCAUUGCAAGCACUGCAAAACUAUAUUAAAAACACUAUUUAUCACCCAGGUUGUGAUACAGUUCAAUGCUCUUCAGCUUCCAUUGACAAGGCAGUUGAUAUAGCAAAAGGGGUGGACCAUGUGGUACUGAUAAUGGGAUUGGACCAAACUCAGGAGAGGGAGGAGCUUGAUCGUGUGGACUUGGUGUUGCCAGGGAAGCAACAAGAACUAAUCAUCAAUGUCGCGAGAUGUGCAAAGAAUCCAAUUGUUUUAGUGCUUCUUUGUGGAGGUCCAGUUGAUGUAUCCUUUGCCAAGUAUGAUAAGAACAUUGGAAGCAUUUUGUGGGCUGGUUAUCCUGGUGAAGCUGGUGGGAUAGCACUUGCAGAUAUCAUAUUUGGUGAUCAUAAUCCAGGAGGGAGAUUACCAGUGACCUGGUAUCCACAAGAAUUUGUCAAAGUACCAAUGACUGAUAUGAGGAUGCGACCUGAUUCCUCUUCAGGCUAUCCUGGACGAACAUAUAGAUUCUACAAAGGCCAGAGUGUUUUUGAGUUUGGUUAUGGCCUCAGCUACUCGAAGUACUCUUAUGAGCUCAAGUCUGUCACCCAAAACAAACUCUAUUUAAAUCAAUCUUCAACGAUGCAUGUAAUUGACAACUCCGACUCAUUACGUUCCACAUUGGUCUCUGAGUUGGGCGCAGAAUUCUGCAAGGAAAGUGAGUUUUCAGUUAGAGUUGGAGUGGAAAACCAAGGGGAGAUGGCUGGUAAGCAUCCGAUAUUGCUGUUUGUGAGACAGGCAACGCAUGGGAAUGGGAGGCCAAGGAAACAGUUGAUUGGUUUCAAAAGUGUGAUUCUAAGUGCAGGGGAAAAAGCUGAAAUUGAAUUUGAGCUAAGUCCUUGCGAGCACUUCAGCAGAACUAAUGAAGAUGGUCUGAAGGUGAUAGAAGAAGGAACACACUUCUUGGUUGUAGGAGAUGAUAAGUACCCAAUUUCCAUCAUUGUUUGAUAAGGAGAUUUAGUUCUUCAAACAAUUAAACUCAAGUGUCAAAAUUUUAAUUCUUGUGUCAUUGUAAUGAUGAAUGACCCCAGAAAAUGGGUCAGUACCAAGUAAGAAAUUAUGUCAUCAAGAAAUAAGGACACGUUAUCCUUCCUACUA